CCCAUUCUGAGCUCCAGGCCAGGAAAGUGAGGGCCAGGGCAGCCCUGCCAGGGGAGACACCGGCUCACAGCCUCCGGGUUUGCACCUGACUAUGUCCCUGGCCGAGUCCAUCAGCCUCUGGAAUGAAGGGGUGCUAGCAGCCGACAAGAAGGACUGGAAGGGAGCCCUGGACGCCUUCACCGCUGUCCAGGACCCACACUCCAGGAUUUGCUUCAACAUCGGCUGCUUGCACACGAUCCUGGGAAGCUUGCCCGAGGCGGAGAAGGCCUUCACCAAAAGCAUUAACCGAGACAAGCACUUGGCAGUGGCCUACUUCCAACGAGGGAUGCUCUACUACCAGAUGGAGAAAUAUGAUUCCGCCCUUAAAGACCUUAAGGAGGCCUUGACUCAGCUUCGAGGGAAUCAGCUGAUCGACUACAAGAUCCUGGGGCUACCGUUCAAGCUGUUUGCCUGUGAGGUGUUAUAUAAUAUUGCUUUCAUGUACGCCAAGAAGGAGGAAUGGAAAAAGGCUGAGGAACAUUUAGCAUUGGCUCUGAGGAUGAAGUCUGAGCCGAGACAUUCCAAAAUCAACAAAGCCAUGGAAAGUGUUUGGAAACAGAAGCUGUAUGAGCCAGUGGUGAUCCCCGCGGGCAGGCUGUUUCAGCCAAAUGAAAAGCAAGUGGCUCAGCUGGUCAAGAAGGAUUACCUGGGCAAGGCCACGGUCGUGGCAUCUGUGGUGGAUCAAGACAGUUUCUCGGGGUUUGCCCCUCUGCAGCCACAGGCAGCUGAGCCUCCGCCCAGGCCCAAGACCCCAGAGAUCUUCAGGGCUCUGGAAGGGGAAGCCCACCGUGUGCUGUUUGGCUUUGUGCCUGAGACACCAGAGGAGCUCCAGGUCAUGCCAGGGAACAUCGUCUUUGUCUUGAAGAAGGGCAGUGAUAACUGGGCUACGGUCAUGUUCAAUGGGCAGAAGGGGCUUGUUCCCUGCAACUACCUUGAACCAGCUGAACUGCGGAUCCAUUCUCAGCAGAAGCCCCAGGAGGAAACCUCGCAGGAGCCUGAUAUCCCAGCUCCUCCCCGUCCUCCUCCUGGGAGACCCCAGCUGCCACCAGGUCAGAAAGAAAAAAAAGAGCCCAAGGAAGUCAAGCUCAGCAUCCCCAUGUCCUACACACUCAAGGUGCACUACAAGUACACGGUGGUCAUGGAAACUCAGCCCGGGCUCCCCUACAGCCAGGUCCGGGACAUGGUGGCUAAGAAGCUGGAGCUCCUACCGGAACAUACUAAGCUGAGCUAUCGGCCUCGGAACAGCAGUGAGCUGGUGCUCCUUUCAGAAGACAGCAUGAAGGAUGCCUGGGCCCAAGUGAAAAACUACUGCCUGACUGUGUGGUGUGAGAACACAGUGGGUGACCAGGGCUUUCCAGAUGAAACUGAAGAAACCAAAAAAUCUGAUGCUAAUAACCCGACAACAGAAGCUCAGCUUAAGGAAGGGAGCCAAGUGGUAGCACUCUUCAGCUACGAGGCUACCCAGCCAGAAGACCUGGAGUUUCUGGAAGGGGAUGUAAUCCUGGUGAUAUCAAUGGUGAAUGAAGAAUGGCUGGAGGGGGAGUGCAAAGGGAAAGUUGGCAUUUUCCCCAAAGUUUUUGUUGAAGAACGUGCAACUACAGACUUGGAAAGCACUCCUAGAGCAGUCUAGGAUGUUUCACAACCUACAAAGUUGAAGAAACGGAGGUACUAUCAUUUGCAAGAUUUAGCACGCCUCUGCAGUACACUGGACAGAGACAUCGCUGUUUGGAAGUAUUAAUUCAUCUACUUUUCCCUGUUAAAAUCUAACCUAUUAGACAAUGAUGUGGAACUUAAGAUGAUGAUUACUUUGGAGGUAGGGAAGGGGUGGUGGUUGGAAGAGUCUGGAAGGGCAUGAGGGGGUCUUCUAGGGUGCUGAUAAUCUGUUUCUUGCUCUGAGUGCCGGCUACCCAGAUAUGUUCAGUUCGUGAAAAUUCACCGAGUUGUACACUUACUAUUGGUACACCUCUCUGUGUAUGUGAUGCCUCAAUAAAAAACUUACAAAAACAAGACACCCAGAGUGCAGGCUCAAGACUUACCCCC